ACUACUCCAAGGUUAUUCCACAACUCAAGAAACACAAUUUCUUCUUGUUCCAUUUAUUCAAAGACUUCUCCACGUUCAAAAGAAUAAAGAUUAUUCCAAAAUACCAAAUAAAAUUAUAGAAAUUAUGUUCUAUGAUAUAGUAUAUGACUAUCAAAUAAGGGAGUCCAAUAUAUUCAGGCCGAUAGUGAACAUGCCAAACGAAGUGCCAAUAGACCCAAACCCUGAAGAAUUUAUCAAUGGUUUAGAAAUUUCUUACGCAAAUGAUUAUUAUUAUCACCCAACGUUUGAUUCGGUGACGAUUCCAGAAUUAGUGGUCAUCCCUCCUUUGCUUCCUCCAAAUAUUGGAAACGAAGGUAUUUGA